AUGGUAGAUCCUCUACGCGUGUAUACGGCCGAUUUAGCCACAACAUGCGUGUCCGCAUCUGCGAUCACACAGCUCUGGGUCCCCGUCAACUUGUUCGUGCUCAAAUCGCUCACAGAGAACAUGGCGGAUCCCGCCGCGAACAUGUCCAGGGAGCUCGAGUUCGUUAAGAUCAACAACAUCGACGCGAAUGAUUUGCUGGUCCUGUCCGGUGCCCUCUGGAUACGUUUUGCGGACGUGCAUGGACUCAUCCACCGUGUUCUAGCAUGGGCCGCAAACACGCGCACGAACACGUCACUCUCCGUGACCAAGGACACCUCGGCACUGGUGAAGUUUCUAUGA